UCAAAUUUUACAAUCAGCAAUCGAUGCCACUGCUGAGGAGAUAUACAAGAAAAUGUACGCCAGAGGAUUUGGGUAUAGUAGUCAGACUUACGGCCAUUAUAACCCCCAAUACCACAUUCCCCAGCAAAACUCACCGCACCAUCCGCCUUAUCAGCAGUACAUUUACAACGCGCCCCGCUAUGGAUUUAACACGUUUACCCGUGGCAAUCCAGCUCCGUUCAACCAUAUUGCAACAUCACCCUCGGCGAUCCAUUAUCCGGGAGAAUCGCGCUUACCCGAUCUGGCGAGUCAAAGAAAAAGCUACGAAGCUCAUUGUCAUUACUACUCGCCCUCGCCUCUUCCUCCGCAACCUGCCCUUCAGCCGCCAGAGCCUCCGAUACAGCGAGACAAGGAAACUGAACAUGGCAUACACGAAAGAAACACGAGCACGAAAUUAACUGACAAUUGUUACCCAGUCGAUGAAGUCGAUGAGGACGAAGACGAUGAAGAAGAAAAAACAGAGAAACCAAAAGGAAAAAAAAGAAAAGAGAGAACAGCAUUUACCACACAUCAGCUACGUGAACUAGAAAACGAGUUUACUCGAAACAAUUAUCUCACGAGACUGCGACGAUAUGAAAUCGCUGUUACCUUGGACUUAUCAGAGAGACAAGUGAAGGUCUGGUUUCAAAACAGACGAAUGAAGUGGAAAAGAGUUAAAGGCGAAAAGAAACCCGAGAAAAAAUCUCCUUUCCAGAUAAUGCAACAGGAAAAAGAAAGGCUGCAGCAGGAAUCCUGUACGUAACCAAGGAACGUAAAUAACUACGAAGAGGGAGGUCUUGGUGUUUUUAUGACCCCCUUCCCUCCCGACCCCUUACUAGUUUUCGUCAAGGGAAAGUUAUCAUUUCAAAUAACGAAAAGUAGAGAAAAUGCAGAUGUCUACCCCCCCUUCAGCUGUCAAAAAGACACUAUGAUAGGACCCCAUACUAGAGCAUCUCUCCUACCCAUUUCCUACUAGUAACCUGGCCUACUUUUCAACUGUCUCGCAACUUUUAAAGUGUAAAAAGAAAGAACAACUGAAUAUUGACGGAUUUCUGAUAUUUGUUUUUAGCAUUUUGUCCAAAAUUAAGACAAGAAUAUUAUAUGAAUUUUUUUCCGCACGUAAGCUAAGUUAUCUAUUUUGUCUUCAAAGCAAAACGUAAUAGGUAUGCUCGUGUGGAGAACAAAAAAAACGUAAGUUAAUAUUCUUUACCUGUAAAUAAACCUUAGUGUCAUUUUUUCCAA